CCUGUUUCCAUGGGGACCGCCCACCGUGAGGCCUGGACGGCGAACCUGGAUCCUCGGGCUGGACUUUCCGUGAGCGCCCGCAGCCGGGCAGUUGGAUGAGGAUGUCGCUGGCGCAGCGGGUGCUGCUAACCUGGCUUUUCAGUCUGCUCUUCCUGAUCAUACUGGUGCUGAAGAUGGAGGAGACGCUGGGCUGGAGCUGGUUCCUGGUCUUCGUGCCGCUCUGGCUGUUCGACGCGGCGCUGCUGGUGCUGCUGCUGGUCAGGCUGGCGGGGCAGUGCCAGAUGGCUCAGGAGCGCGGCGGCGCAGCGGCAGCGAUGGGACUCAAGCGCCGGGCUUGGGGCCUGUUGGCCCUGCUGCUGAAGCUGGCGUUCCUGCUGGCGCUGGCCGCUCGGCUGCAGCGCCUGGCGGAGCUGCCUCUCUGCUGGGUGCUGGUCCCGCUCUGGCUACUGCUCCUCGGGGCUAUCGGCGACAUGGCGCACCACACCUUCACUGCCAGAUCCGAGUGAGAGAGAGAAGGCGAGCGAACACACUCACACCGGGGUAGAAGGCAACCCAGGGACGGGCCUGUUCGCAUCUCCAGAGCACAAAACGAGAGCCACGGCUUCAGGGCAAUGUUGUUCCACCACUUGGCUGGAUUCAAUGGCUCAGGAAACGGUCUCUACACUGGCUCGGGACUGUGUUGUUAACCUUGGGUUCACUAGCUCGGGACAGGCCUCCUGGCUCGGAAUUGACUCUGGCUUCUGUACUGAGUGGCUGUUGAUUUCUUGCUUCAGACUCUGCUUCAGGGACUGGAUUGACUAGCUUGGGACCUUGAGAUGAGCGUGCCAACCCUUUACUCACUGGCUUGGGGCAAGCCUCGCAACCCUGCAUUCACGGGCUCUGAACAGAUUCCUGGCGAUUUAAUGCAUCCAUGUAUUAGAUUUCUGCUGUAAAUGACAAUUCCUUUCAUAUAAUGUAUUUAUAUUUCAGAAAUAAAAUCGAGGUGAGAAAUGCGGCUUGUGUCAAUUGAGGCCAACACCUAGUCU